UUCGUGGAUUGGUAAGUAUGGACAAACCUUAACAUUUCCCCUCCUCCCUGGCUGCGAUUAUCUUUUGUUUCUUUUCCGAAAUAGUGCAGAUUCAGUAACAAAGGGAUUUAUCUCUGGGCACGCAGUGAAGGAGGGCAGACAGGUAGCGGUUCCCUGGGAAGUACAGCCAGGCUGCUGCUGCUUCAGCACAGACAAAUUCACAUCAUGAAGAGCUCUUGAUGGUCACGUAACUGUGGUUCGCUGUUCAAACAGGUUCGAAGACUGUAACCUUUGCGCUUGUGACCAAUCAGUACGUUACUCAUCAUUGUUCCCACCCACAGGCUUGGCACUGAACAGUACACCUUCAUAAAUCCUGUUUGCAUGUUAUCAAGUCAAUAAAAGCCCACAUGUAUUUGUACAGAGCUUUUACUGACUUUUCAUAGAGCAGAGCUGCUUCUUCCCCUUCCUCUUCCUGACUCUUUGUGCUUCAUCUCCCAGAGGAAGAAAGAAAUUUUGCUGACAGAAAUCGGCUUCAGGGUGAAUUCCAGCUUUAAGGCUUCCUGGAGGACACCCCGGCACGAAUGGGCCUCCAGAGCACCAAACACUCCAAAGUCAAGCAAGCGAAUAUAGUGAUGCUGGGACUUGAUUCUGCUGGAAAAUCUACACUCUUGUACAAGUUCAAGUAUACCGAUGAUUUUUUAACAAUUCCAACAAUUGGCUUUAACGUUGACAUGAUUGAAACCGAGAAAGAUUUUACAUUGACGGUUUGGGAUGUUGGAGGACAACAGAAAAUGAGACAGGUUUGGUGCAAUUUCCUGGAAAACACAGACGGACUGAUGUAUGUUGUGGACAGCUCUGAUAAGAGGCGUCUGGAAGAAUCAAAGAAAGAAUUUGAAUUCAUUUUAAAGAAUGAAUACAUAAAAAGGGUACCGGUCGUCAUGCUAGCGAACAAGCAGGAUCUGCCUGGAGCUUUGAACGCUGAGGAAAUAACCAGGAGAUUCAACAUGAAGAAAUACUGCAGUGACAGAAAUUGGUACGUACAACCCUGUUGUGCUAUCACAGGAGAAGGUUUGUCAGAAGCUCUCCAAAGACUAACCACAUUUGCAAAACAGUACAGCAGAUCAAAGGAGACUUCCACAAACUUUAAGGAAAUUGAAACACUUUAAGAAUUUCUCGUCAAAUUCUGGUGAACUUUAAUCAGCAUAUUUUGUUGGACAGCCUAAAUCCAGAAAUACUGGAUUCUGGAGAACUAUAACUAAAUAUUUAUAAAGAACUUUGACAAUAUUAAGUUAUACUGUUAUACACGCAGGUGCUUCUGAGAUACUGCUCUGCAGCAUUUUAUUAGUGAUCGUAUACUUGGGGUUAUUCAGCUCAGAAGUGUGACGGUUGAACUGUGAAAAAGGUGGAGCUGAGCUUCUGGACUUUAGCAAGUGGAAACAAAAUAGGUGAGCAGUGCUUAAAAUGCUUAAAUUGUGUUACUUUGUCAAGAUGUAAAAUAGUCAAGUUGGUGGUUCAGCAAGAAAAACGAGAAAGAAAAUGUUGUUUCAGAAUAAACGGUCAGUGGAUGUAUUUCUCAUGUAAAAAUAUAAUCAUUUUAGACCUUCACCUCUUAGUUAUGUUUAAGAGAGCCUGUGGAUCUGAAGUACCUGUUGGAUAUCAUUGCGUUUUUAACAAACAGGAUCUGCUCCGCAUCAAGCCUCAGCAAAACAACUGGGGUCCAGUGCUGUUUGUAAGGUGUAAGUCUGACGUCUCUCUGUUACAGAUUUCCAUGAGCCCAUUUCUUUGUUUCUGUGCUGUCAGAUUGCUAUCCUUAGCCCAGAGCAGAGCGAUGGAAACCAGUAUGGGAUCGGUCCAGCGAAACACUGAUCCCCCUUGGUUUUGGGGUGGGGGAUAAAGAGGGGAGGAAUGGGGGGAUUGGCUCCUUGCGUCAUUUUUUUAUAGAUCUUGAUGGAUCCUGUCCUGCCUGUACUGAAGCCGCCUAAAAUUUUGUUACUGAUAAAUUUAGGUUUGAUUAAAUUUGACAUGUGGCACAAAAUUUCUAAACCUAUUACUACAGUUUGUAGAAUAAAAAAAUCCCAAUGAAAUUUCUGUUCAAAUUUCCUGGUUCACGAAGGAGUGAAUUAGUAUUGUGCAUGCCGUUAAAGCAAUGAAGGAUUGAUAACUAGGAGACUAAUUGAACUGCAUCAACCAUGAAAACAGUUUAAAUGCUAAGGCUGAAAAGUUAAUAGGGCCUGCUAUUUUAAAAGCAAGAGAAAAGAGACCGUCUAAUUAUUGGUUAUACAGUCCCAGAAAAUCCAGCCCAAUUAUUUCUGUCUUCUUGAGCAAUGUCUGCAGAGGUAGGAUGCUCCAGUGGUUAGGAUACUUGCUUAGAUAGAUGGAUGGGUUUUUGCCCUUCGUCUACCGCAAUCUUUGACCACGGCCAAGUCAUUUAAUCACUCUUGCCUCAACAGUCCCAUGGCAAAAUGAACUUCCCAGUUACACACUCUGAAAAAAGUUGUGGCAAGGGUCAGCUUGGGAGCUUUUCUCCUGCGACAAAAUGAUGAUGCCAAGUAAUUCAUGUAAGAAAUUUACAUUUAGCUCUUACUAAUAAACAGGCAGGAAUUUCAAGUUACAGAAGGGUGAAGUAGCAAGAAAAGCACCCAGACGUACCCUGUUGUCUCAUGCAUAGAUUAUUCAAAGACAAAAAAUCAUCAGGUGAAUUUGCUGAAAUAGUAAACAAAGCACUGUUUCUCAACAGAAGCUGUUAUUAAUACUGACACUAAUUACCACAGGCUAAAUCCUGAGUCAUGUUGAGACUACAUUUCUAAAAGGAGAGCAAAUAUUUAGACUUGUCAUUGCCUGGUCUGAUGAUUUAGGCUCAAUAUAAAGUAUCAUCUUCCGUCCCAAAAAAGAUUUUUACAACUCUAUAACAAUGGGAAUAUUAUUUUUCUAAACCAAACGAUUCAAUGCUAAAAAAUGUAGUAUUUCAGACCACUACAUUUAUAAACAUUUGCAUGUGUACGUUACAUAUUGAAUUCUCCCACUAGUUUAAUCUAAUCAUGUGGCUAUUAUAAAUCUGAACCUAGUUCACUGCCCUCAGGACUUCCUUAGGGAAUAAGACUCCUUGAGAGAUUUAAUGAGAGUGCACCAGGGUCUCUAAUUAGACGAGAAGCAAGUUCUGAAGGGAGAAAUAAAGUAGUAUAAUAGACCAGCUCAUAUAGCUAAAAAGAGAAUAAGCUCUCAGGCACACAGUCCCUUCUCCAGGAUAUCAAAUUAGAUUAAAUGAUACUCACAUUGACAUGAAGAAAAUCUUUCACAUUAUGCUUCAAAAGAAAUAAAUAAACUCUAUUCCAUUUACUUUACAGAAUACCAACUAUUUAAAAAUUGAUUUUUCUAAGAGCUUGGUUUCCAAAAGAAGUGAAGCUGUGCCCAUUUUAUCUGCCCAUGGAGACCCCCACGUAAGCUAAUUUUUAAGCUUGAAAACAAAUAUCAAUCAGGUUGAACAGGGGCGCACACUCUCAAAGGAAUUAUAUGCCUGAAAGUUUAAUUAAAAAAAUCAGUGAGAUAGAGAAAAGUGACCAUACUGGUGCCCCAGUGAAGACAAGGCUGAUAAGGUACAAAAGACUAAUCCCCAAGGAGAUAAAUGUUCCAUCUGAGCCGCAAGAGAGCCUAUAAGAGGGCAUAAAUCCACAGAGCCCAGACUUAAUUAGUUCCUCUGCUCCUGGAGCAGGUUGGUCUUUUUCUAUACUGCCUGAGUAAUUAGGAUGAGGAGAUGGAAGAUACA